AUGAAUAUCGAUAAUUGGUUAGUACCAUUACCAUUAAAUGAGUUACAACAAAAUGAUUAUAAUCUUUGUCAAGAAAAAUUAUAUUCACUUCUUAAUCUUCCAUUACGUAUACAUUGUUUACCAAGUGAAAUUCUAUUAACAAAUUCAAAUGAACAAACAACAUUAACAAUAAAUAAUCGUAAUCCAUUAAAAAUGUAUUGGCAUAGAAAUUUAAAUGAAUUACGUUUAUUUUUAAAACGAAAUCAACAAAAUCAAACAAAACUUGAUGCUAAUAUUAUUGAAAUACAUAAACGUCGACGUUUACAAAUAACACGUUAUAUAAAACAAGAUCUAUUUCAAUCAUCUGUUAUAAUAUCAUUUUCACAAAUACCAACAACAAAUAGUCAUAUAAUUCUACUAACUAUAACUGGUAAACAUUGUAUAUUAGAAUUACAAAUACCAUCCAUAAAUAAUAAUGAAUUAAUCUAUCAUGGUACAUAUAGAAAAAUGGGUGAAGAUGCACAAUUAAGAUCAAUAACAGCACUUUUUAAUUGUACUAUACAUGUUGAUAAGGAUAUGGCAUUAUUACUUAGUGAAUAUGGUUUAUGUCGAAUAAUCUCAUAA